AUGGCCCAACUCAAUGCUGCCCCGAGACUCCGGGAGCAGCUGCUCCAGCCCGAAAAGAAUUCCACCGACGCACGUCUGAAGCAGCUUAUCAGAUCCAGACCCAGUAAUAUCGACUUCGAGAAAAUUCAGGCAGUCAGUCGCAUCCCCGCUCAAGAGUGCACAUGCUGUCAAGCAGGCAAAGGCCCUUGGAAUAUUUGUGUGAUUUUCCAGCCCGAUCCCAAGGCGAGUCCUGCCACCAAGUGUGCCAAAUAG